GUGAGUUGUUGUGUCUAUGAGUGAACACUACUAUUGGCUAUUGAUGUUCACAACUGACACGUGGUAUGAGUUACUGAUGGCAAUGGUUUUGCACAACACUUGUCAUCACUUGAAUCGCAUCCCAAUUAUAAUCCAUACGAUUAUCACUGCAAUGAAUUGAUCCCUAAGAGUAGUAUUGUGUCAAUCAAUUACUAUCUAAAUGUCAAUCACUGUUGAAAUCCAUUGAAAUGAAUGUCAAAACAAAUAUUUUGGUUAAAAACGGAAAAUUACCCAAAAUUAGUGAAGAAAGUCAUGUGAAUGGCGGACAAGAAUACAGUCCAAGAAGUGAUGGCAAUCAUCGCAAUGAUAACCACUCGACUGCCGACGAAGACGCGGAUCAACCGGAAGACAAACCGCUGACAAUGAAUGUGGAGAUCAAUGCCAUCGCAUGGCUUCUCUUUGCCAUUGGAUUCGCCUUCAGAUUCUACCGAUUGUCCGAACCAUCGAGUGUUGUUUUCGAUGAAUUACAUUACGGAAAGUUUGUCUCACUUUACUUGAGAGGUGUCUUCUUCUUUGAUUCUCAGCCACCGCUCGGCAAACAGUUGAUAGCAUUGAGCGCUUAUGUCUCCGGAUAUAACGGCCAACACGUGUUCACAAAUAUCGGCGAAAAAUACGAAUCGGAUGUACCGCUGAAGGCGUUGCGAUUUGUUCCCACACUCUUUGGCUCAUUCAUUGUUCCAACCGUUUAUCACUUAAUUGUUGAAAUGGGUUUAACUCACAGAACGGCUACUUUGGCCGCACUUCUCAUCAUUUUGGUUUUUUACAUUCAUCUAUCAAUACUCACUAACGCCGGGCCUCACGACAACAUAAUGACCAGCGCUUUUCAGGCCAGUCUUGAGGGAGGGUUAGCCUCUAUAACGAAAGGACAGCCACUGGAAAUAGCUCACGGAUCACAGAUCACUCUUAGACAUACUCACGGCAGGGCCUGUUGGAUGCACUCACAUCAGGCCUUAUACCCCGUUAGAUAUUCGGACAAUAGGGGCAGUUCUCAUCAGCAACAGGUCACCUGUUAUUCGUUCAAAGAUGUGAAUAACUGGUGGAUCGUUAAGAAACCCGAAAUCAAUGAUUUGGUUAUUUCUGAACCAAUCGAUCGAAUCAAAGACGGAGAUUAUGUACAACUAAUCCACGGCAUGAGUGGUCGAGCGCUCAACAGUCAUGACGUGGCGGCGCCGGUGUCUCCGCAGAAUCAAGAAGUUGCCUGUUAUAUUGAUUACAACAUAUCAAUGCCGGCGCAGAAUCUCUGGAAAAUAAAACUCUUGAACAGCGAUGAAACGAACGGCUUCUGGCAUACCAUCAGCUCAAGAGUUCAGUUCAUUCACGUCAACACAUCUCAAGCUCUAAAAUUCAGUGGCAAACAAUUGCCCGAUUGGGGGUUCAAUCAGCACGAGAUGGUGACCGACAAGAAUCACAAUCAAGAGGACGCCGUUUGGAAUGUUGAGGAACACAGAUAUACCAAGAAUUCGGAUGUGAAAGAAAGGGAACGUGAGAUGGGUUUAGCAGAGUUUGUUCCCCUCAAACCGACUCAACUCUCAUUCUUUGUCAAACUGUUUGAAUUGCAGUACAAAAUGCUUGUCGUAAACCAGGAGACCGUCCAAAACCAUAUCUAUAGUUGCGAUUCGCCAUUAGAUUGGGUGACACUCACGAAAGGCAUCGCUUAUUGGGUUAGCUCUGACAGCAAUAAAUUUGUGAGAUGUGGUCAGUUCUUCACAGUCGGCUAUUUUAUAAAUUUGGUGCCGUAUUUCCUAUCGGAAAGGACUCUAUUCCUUCACCAUUAUCUGCCGGCACUGGUCUUCAAAUUAUUGGUGAUGUCAGCGCUUAUCGAGCACUUGAAAUGUUGGAUUCCCUCGAGAAUUGUCAACAGUUUGGUCGCAAUACUUAUUUCAUCAAUAGUUUACACAUUUAUUAAAUUUUUGCCAUUGAGUUAUGGGACCGGAAAACUCACGGCAAGUGAUGUCCAGAGUCUUAAGUGGCGCUCUUCGUGGCAGCUCAUCGUCCAUAAGCCAUAA